UAGAGACGCACUGGCGGGUAAAUCACGUAGUGACUAGUGAGAGAAGAAUUUUCUCUGGUUCUCUUCUGUCCAAGAGCGACAUUAAUGCCUUGAAAGCUUUGAACUUUUUGACGUUACCUAAACCCCAAGGACCAGUCUCAGAUCUGAAGGGUACAAUUGACCCUGCAGAACUAGUGUACAAGAAAUGAAGAGUCCACUCUCACAGAUACAUACUGCUGCAGUUUCUCCAUCUCCAGUUUUUCUAUGGAGGCUUAAGGUACUACUUUUCAUGAUAUGGGGAUUGAGUUGUUGCAAGAUUGGAUGGGAUUCUGCCAUGAGAAUGAGUGCAGAUUUGCGUAAUUUAUUCUUAUAUGAGGCCUUUUUGUAUUAUAACCCACCCCUCCUCAUGACUUUGAUGGUUUGGCUUUGGGGAGUGAACUUAUGGGUUUUUUCGCAGGCCAACAUUGGCUAUGCAAAAAUAUUUGAUCUUGAUCAAAAUCAUCUCACUCACAAAGAAGUAUGGAAGUGUAGCACUUGGAUGACCAUCAUUGUCCCUACUAGCAUGACAGCAUACCUUUACCUUUACUCACACGGAAAAUUAUUAUUGGCUGCAUUACUACCAGUGUCCCUGUAUAUUGCUGUUGCUAUAGUUCUGAUAUCCCCCUUUGAUAUCUUUUAUUUGUCAUCUCGGUACUUCUUAUUGAGGACACUGUGCAGGAUAGCUCUUCCAGUGCAGGCUAUAUCAUUUCCUGACUUUUUUGUGGCUGAAGUUUUAACUUCUAUGUCUAAGGUGUUUUCAGAUUUGGAACGUUCAGUCUGCAGAAUGGUUCAUGGGCUGGUUGCCACUAUUGCAUGGCUUGAAGCUGAUUCAGUUUGUGGCAGCCACUCAAUUGGAAUCCCUCUAGUGCUUGUUUUUCCUUAUGUUUGCCGUUUAUUUCAAUGCCUACGUCAAUACAAGGAUACAAAAGACAAGACAAACCUUUUCAAUGCUUUAAAAUAUUCGACUGCAGUCCCAGUGAUUUUUCUUUCGGCCCUUAAAUAUCAUGUCUUCCCUGAUAGGUGGUCCAACUUUUAUGAGCCGCUUUGGCUUCUGUCUAGUAUUGUUAACUCGCUGUAUUCAUUCUACUGGGACAUAGCUCAAGAUUGGGACUUGAGUGGCUUCACUCGAAUUUUCAAGUUCAGCAGACCGAGUUUAGUUUCCUACUUAUUAUAUGAACAAAAAUGGGUAUAUUUUUGGGCAAUAGGAAGCAACCUGAUCUUGCGAUGUGCAUGGACAUACAAAUUCUCUGCUCAUCUUCGUCAUAACUACAUGACUGUAUUUGCAAUCACUGCAUUGGAGAUUCUUCGACGCUUCCAAUGGGUAUUCUUUCGAGUAGAAAAUGAGUGGAAUAAGAUUAACAAGUCCAGUUUUGACCCCCUACCCAUGACUAUCAUCCAAACAGAAGAAGAGACAUUGCUUGACGCUAACAGUCACAGUGUAUAGAGUAUUUUGCAACCAUUUUGAACAGAGUUUCUUCCCUUUUUGCUACACUAAGCUACGAGGCUGAAAUAUGACUAGCCAAAUCAUUCUUAUACUAUAGAAGUUAAAUCAAAGAAAUUCAACUACA